GAGGAAACCAGCAAAAAAAAUAUACAUAGACAUUGCUGUGGGCUUUGACAACAUCUAUCUGUACAUUACCUGAAGACAGAAAAGGGAAAAUAAAGAUAAAGAAAAUGGUUUGCACAACUUUGGGACCUCAAAAUCAGACCAAUGACACAACAUACACAAAGUCAGAAGAAAACUCAUCAAACAUUAAAAUCUUCGAGAUAUGCAUAUUUUUUGUCAUCUUAGUCUUAGGAGGCAUUGGAAAUGGACUUGUCAUCUUUGUGACCGGCUACAAAAUGAAGAAAACAGUCAACUCUAUUUGGUUUCUCAACUUGGCAAUUGCAGACAUCAUUUUUAUUACGUUCUUGGUUUACGAAAUUGUUUGGGCCUUUGACAGUAGUUUACAUGCAGCCUUGAACAAUCACAUGAGGGCAUGUUUGUAUUUUGUUUUUGCACUAAAUAUGUUUGCAAGUGUUUUCUUUUUGACACUUAUCAGUGUGGAUCGAUGUCUGUGCACAUGGUUUGUUGUUUGGGUUCAGAACAAACGAACUUUAGUCAAAGCCAGAAUCAUCAGUGUAUUUGUGUGGAUUUUAUCCAUCUGCUGCAGCCUCCCUGUUGGCAUUGCUCAGUAUGUAGUUAACGAUGAAAAUUUAAUCAAUGUCUAUAUGCCUCAGUACACAUACAGGUUCAUUGUUGGAUUUCUAAUUCCCUUUAUAAUCAUUGCAUCUUCAUACACAGCCAUUGGUGUGCGAGUAAAACGUCUGAAAAUAGGAAAACAGUUUCGUCCUUACCGGAUCAUAUCUGUGAUUCUGGCUUUUUUCAUUUGCUGGUUUCCUCAUCAUGUUCACAGUUUGUGUUUAAUAAAUGCAUUGAAGUAUAACUGGAGUGACAGUGCUAUGAAGAAACUUAAAACUGCAUUUCCUUUUGUAGACUUUCUGGUUUAUGUAAACAGUUGUCUGAACCCCAUUCUCUAUGUGUUCAUGUGUGAUGAGUAUAAGAAGAAACUUAAAAAGUCUCUCCUGCUGGUGUUUGAGGGGGCUUUUAUUGAGGAGCAUCUGAGUUUAAGAUCAACUUCACUUCCUCGCAACUCUCAAAGUCAGCAGGUAUUAAGUGUACAGACAGAAGACACAAGCAUCUGAUCAUUUCCUGGCAGCAAGAGAACAAAAUCAUUUUUGAACUUCAGUCUUCAGAUGAUUGGAGACAUACAUUUGUAAUUUGAAGAUAAAGUACUUUCUCAAGUACUUCUCCAUUCUCUGUGUUCAGACAAACAGAAAGUCUCACUCCAAACUUUUGCCCACAGCUCAAUGUAUCGAUGAAGAGGAAGUGAAGAAUCAAUCUACAAAUCUCUUACUUAGUCACUCACUGAAUGUUUAUCUUUGUGUUUUUUAUGCACAUUUAUAUGUUGUAUGUUAUUAGUGCAAAUGUUUCUUUUUUAAAAUCUUUACA